AUGGCUACAGAGUGGAAACCAGAUCCUAUGUCUCGUAUCAACCUCUGCCUGGAAAAACGGUUAUUAAACUUACUUGAAAGAGCACCAUUCGAUUUUCUAUCGGGACGCUUUGAUACACCUAUAAUGCAGCCAGCUACUACCAGAACCUCUGACACAAGCUUUAGGACAGAGGACUCGAUGACCAUGCGGGCUAUUACAAUGUCUAACAGUCAACAGAAGUAUAUACCUCAGGAGAUCCCAACGCAUGCAAUCCAAGGGUCGCAUCCUACAACGAAAGACACGGAGAGUACCCGCUCCCCUUCAACCUACCUUCUUUGUUCUUUAGAGAGGCACGCUUGCUCUCCAUGGGAUUCUGAAUGUAUCUGUUGCUCAUCAUCCGCGACUCAAGCUGAAGGUACACGGUGGCCUUUGCAAUCCGGACGGGCUGUGCUGACUCCUAUAUUCUUAAGGGAGCUUGGGGAGGACUCCGAGAUAACAGCAAAAACCAGCGAUACUCGUUCUGGAUCUGUUUACACCCAUAACAAUGGAGCAAAGGGCACAAAUGUGCCCAUAAUUGUUACUAAUCACGUCACUAAGUGUUACUUAAAUGUAUAUUUUGGAUAUUUGUUUUAUAUAUUUGCCGUGCACGCACAGUCCUUGGAUUUUCCAGGGUCAUUUUCUUGUCUUAACAAUGAAAUCCUACUUGAAAAACCCGAAGAUUUUAGCUGGCAAUCUUGGCAGAAUCUUCAUGUUGUAGAUUCUAGUGGUGGUCAGAUACCGGAUUGUGAUAACUUUGCAAAUGGAACAUUUCUGGCUGUUCCUGACAGAUGCUUGUCUCUCCCCCCCCCCCCCUUCACAAAACAGAUGGGGAAACGCAUCUUGCACUUGGCGUACCUCACUAUGUCUCCAGAGCAGAAUGCUUCCUACACGGUUGUCUGCAAUGAUGUCCAGUCAGAUCAGAUAUUGGAAGGAUCUCUGGUAACUUGUACAAAGGACUUCAUGUCAAUGCUGACUGUUCCUGUCGAGCCCUCUUAUUGGAUCGUUAUUGUAACAGAUGACACAAGGACCUUGAAACUAAAUGCAUCCCAAACUGCAGAAGCAGGUUAUACACUGACUAGUGAUCCAUCUAAUCUGAUUCUCACCGCUUCUCUCCAUGCAACUGGUAUAAAAGUAUUAAAGAUGGAAAACCAAGUUUUAUAUUUGGGAGACAUUCACCUGUCCUCUCGCUAUCGUUCACCAAAUAUCAUAAUCGACGCAACAAUGUUUUGCACAGGGCCUCCCCAAUGCAAUGCAACACACAUGACUAUUCUGAUUCCAGACUUCGGCAGUACCCUAAUAGGUAUAUCUCUAAAUAAUAUAGACCUUCCCAUGACGACGUCUGUUCUCCAAACAAAUGGAAUUGCUGUGGACACACGAGGUGGAAUCCAUCUUUUUAUUAAAAAGAGUACUCUACAGGUUGACCGUACAGCUGCAAGUGUCCGGUAUUACAUACCUUCUCUAUUGAUGACCUUCAGUGUAGAAGGCUUAGUAGUCCCCAUGCUGAGUACCCCAGAAUGUUAUGAAAGGGGUGAUCCUAGUUCAACUUUGUGUACAUCUGAUGCAUACAUGAACUUUGAAGUGAUCGCUACAGCCACCCUCCCUCAUCUGGAUUUGAAUUCCGUGCGGUUGGGAGACGGUAGAUGUCAACCAACUGUGAGUUCAAGUGACAAACUAACCUUCCAUGUACCUUUAAACGAAUGUGGAACUACAAUAAAGUUUGUAGGCAACAAAGCCAUUUAUGAGAAUGAAAUUCAUGCACUCUGGAAAGAUUUUCCACCAUCUAUAAUAUCGAGAGACAGUGAGUACAGGCUGACCAUACAAUGUUUGUACACCCAUAUAUCUGAUGAACAAGUGAUUGUAAAUGUAGCAACUUACCCUCCAUUUGAACCCUCCAAAAGUGAUGGUCCCCUUUCUAUGGUCUUCAACAUCUACCCAGAUGAUUCCUACACAACAGCCUACGGGGCUUUCCAGUAUCCCAUUGUGAAGACCUUGCGGGAACCUAUAUACUUGGAAGUCCAACUUCUGAAUCGCAAUGACCCAAAUAUUGAACUGGUACUGGAUGACUGUUGGGCAACGACGUCACAAGAUCCAAAAGCUAUGCCACAAUGGAAUGUUGUUGUAGAUGGAUGUAAAGCGCUUGAGGAUAACUAUCAGACUGUGUUUCAUCCAGUUGGAUCAAAUGUAGUGCUACCAAGAUACCGUAAGAGGUUUGAAGUAAAGACUUUUGCAUUUAUGUCAAGUGGUGAAGCUACAACAGACUUGAUCUACUUCCAUUGUGUUGCUGUAGUAUGUAAUAGCCUCAAUCCUGACUACGUUGUAUGUUCUAAAAUGUGUCCCAAGUCCCGCAGAAAAAGAGGUAAACGGAGCCUUAAGAGAGACUCUACUCUAGUGAGCAUUCCUGGACCAGUCCUGUUUGUGAAUUUGCACAGAUCUGUGAUAUCUAAAGGUUACUAA